AUGCCCAAGAAAGCUCACCGAAAACGGCUGAAACACCGAGCCGACGAUGUUUGUUCCGAGUCAGUAACGGUGGCUGACUAUGCCAAUGCUGAUCCUGCCAUCGUCAAGUCAGGAAGAUUAAAAAAGGCUGUUGCUAAUGCGGUUGAAAAAGAAGUAAAGUUGCUGUGUGGCCUAGAGGCCUCUCAAGGGCCCGUAAACGAAGUGCUGUCGUCAGCGGCCAGAGUGGCUGCGGAUGUGCACGACAGCAGCGAAGAGCUGGACUCCGAAGAAGGUGACGGAGAGAGCAGGGGGUCACGCAAGAAGAAAAACAAGAGACGCAAAGAGAAUGGAGUAAGCGUCGAUGGAGAAGAUUAUCCUAUAGAUAUAUGGCACGUUAUAGCUGCCUACAUACGUCCCGAAGACGUCUGCAGGUUUGCACUGAUCUGUAGGAACGCCUGGACAGUCACGUGCACUGCAGCAUUUUGGACGAGACUAUAUAAGAGACAUUACAGUCUGGAUGCAGACCUCCCCUCUCGCCUUCAGCCCGAAUCCAUUUCAAAACUGCACUGUCUCCGCGCCCGCGUGAUCCGCUCGCUCUUUCAUCUGUACGAGCCGUUCAGCCUCCGAGUCUCCAAGUGUCCUUCCCUUCCUGAAACUACUCCAACUACGCUACUCAACUCUAAGUGCUUGCUGUUUUGGGUCAACAAAGUGUCUGGAAGCAGAGCCGAGCCCAUGUGGGAGUUCAACUUCAAGUUUGUCAAGCAGCCAGUCAAGGUUAAGAACGGCUGUAAUAACGGACUGGUGCUGCACAACCAUUAUAAGGACGUCAACACAAAUCCAGACUCGGACUGUUACCUGCUGCGCGUCACCACCCUCAACUUCAUCUUCACAUCUGUCGUCAUGGGCAUGACGCUAACCCUGUUCACCAUAAACGUCAGCACAGACAUGAGGCACCACCGGGUACGACUGGAGUUCCAGGACUCGCCCAUGCUCCGCGGAAAGAAGCUGCGCGGAGAGCAAGGAGUUCAAGUGGUGCUGGACCCAGUCCACAGCGUGCGCCUCAUGGACUGGUGGCACCCCCAAUUCCCCACAUCCUCUUACAUUUGAAAUAGCAAGUUAGUCAUUUGCAAUCAGGAUAAAGUCAUGUGUUAUUGAUAGGGCUCAUUCUGGCGGUCCUUUUUUUGGGGUGAUGGUUUACAUUUUAUUGCUUGUUUUAUUCUGGAAUGCAGCUCAUUGGGUGGCGUGGUUUUUUUUUUAUUGUGUCAUCAUGUGGAUCAUAAAUCCUAGAAACAGAGACUUUUUAAUUUAAUAUGACGGCAUCUGAAAGCAUGUGCAAACAGGAGCUUUAACAUGGCAUAAGAAAGCAACACAUAGAAUGUUUGCAUGCAGGUUUAUCAUUUUCAUCUAGACCAGGUUUUAUUUAUAGUUCAUUUGGUUUAUUUAAACCAAAAAAC